ACGCACGCACACAAAGAGAGAGUGUGUGAGAGAGAGAUAGACAGACAGAGAGAAGAGAGAGCGAGGGGCACCGUUUUCAUCAUCGCCACCAAACCCUAGCUCGCUCCAAUGGAUCCCGAGUCGACUCAGCUCCAGCAGGCCCAACUCGCGGCCUUACUCGGAACCGACUCGGCCCCCUUCGAGACCCUAAUAUCGCACCUGAUGUCCUCGUCCAACGAGCUUCGCUCCCAGGCCGAGUCAAUCUUCAACCUCUGCAAGCAGACCGAACCCAAUUCGCUGUCCCUGAAGCUCGCCCACCUUCUCCAGUCCUCUCCCCAUGUGGAGGCACGCGCCAUGUCCGCGAUCCUCCUCCGCAAGCAGCUCACGCGCGACGAGUCCUAUCUCUGGCCGCGACUCAGCGCUCCCACUCAGUCCUCGAUCAAGUCUAUCCUCCUCUCCUCUAUCCAGCGCGAGGAAUCCAAGUCCAUCUCCAAGAAGCUCUGCGACACCGUUUCGGAGCUCGCCUCCGGGAUUUUGCCGGAUAACGGCUGGCCGGAGCUGCUUCCGUUCAUGUUCCAAUGCGUCUCGUCCGAUUCCCCGAAGAUGCAGGAAUCGGCGUUCCUGAUCUUCGCGCAGCUCUCGCAGUACAUAGGUGACACGCUCGUCCCGCACAUCAAGCACCUCCACGCCGUGUUUUUGCAGUGCUUGACAGCGUCGCCGAGUUCGGACGUCAAGAUCGCGGCGCUCAACGCUGCGAUCAAUUUCAUUCAGUGUUUGUCGAACUCAGCGGAUCGGGACCGGUUCCAGGACCUCUUGCCGGCGAUGAUGACGACGUUGACCGAGGCGUUGAACAACGGUAACGAGGCGACGGCGCAGGAGGCGUUAGAGUUGUUGAUCGAGCUGGCAGGGACCGAGCCGAGGUUCCUACGGCGGCAGCUCGUCGACGUCGUUGGCUCGAUGCUGCAGAUUGCGGAGGCGGAGUCGUUGGAGGAAGGGACGAGGCAUUUGGCGAUCGAGUUCGUGAUCACGCUCGCCGAGGCGAGGGAGAGGGCGCCCGGUAUGAUGCGGAAGCUGCCGCAAUUCAUAAGCCGGCUAUUCGCUAUUCUGAUGAAGAUGCUUUUGGAUAUUGAGGACGAUCCUGCGUGGCAUAGCGCGGAGAGCGAGGAGGAGGACGCAGGCGAGACGAGCAAUUAUAGCGUCGCGCAGGAGUGUUUGGACCGGUUGUCGAUUUCGUUGGGGGGUAAUACGAUUGUUCCAGUGGCGUCCGAGCAGUUGCCGGUGUAUUUGGCGGCUCCUGAGUGGCAGAAGCACCACGCUGCUCUGAUUGCGCUUGCGCAGAUCGCAGAGGGUUGCGCGAAGGUGAUGUUAAAAAACUUGGACCAAGUGGUGGCAAUGGUUCUAAGUUCUUUCCAAGAUCCACACCCGCGUGUGAGGUGGGCAGCUAUUAAUGCAAUUGGGCAAUUAUCUACCGAUUUGGGUCCGGACUUGCAGGUUCAGUACCAUGGGCGGGUGCUGCCAGCACUUGCUGCAGCUAUGGAUGACUUCCAGAAUCCCAGAGUACAGGCACAUGCCGCUUCAGCAGUGCUCAACUUCAGUGAGAACUGCACACCAGAUAUCUUAACACCUUACUUAGAUGGAAUAGUGAGCAAAUUGCUUGUACUUCUGCAGAAUGGCAAACAAUUGGUGCAAGAAGGUGCCUUGACUGCUUUAGCAUCAGUUGCUGAUUCAUCUCAGGAGCACUUCCAAAAAUAUUAUGAUGCAGUUAUACCUUACCUGAAAGCAAUUUUGGUAAAUGCCACUGAUAAAUCCAACCGCAUGCUCCGUGCCAAAUCCAUGGAGUGCAUUAGUUUGGUUGGAAUGGCUGUUGGAAAGGAGAAGUUUAGGGAUGAUGCAAAGCAGGUUAUGGAAGUGCUUAUGUCUUUGCAAGGAUCUCAGUUGGAGACAGAUGAUCCAACAACAAGUUACAUGCUACAAGCAUGGGCCAGACUCUGCAAGUGUUUGGGUCAAGAUUUUCUUCCUUAUAUGAGUGUUGUCAUGCCCCCUCUACUUCAGUCUGCUCAACUCAAGCCUGAUGUGACCAUUACAUCUGCAGAUUCAGAUAAUGAUAUUGAAGACUCUGAUGAUGAAAGUAUGGAGACCAUUACUCUUGGAGAUAAAAGGAUAGGGAUCAAGACUAGUGUGCUGGAGGAAAAAGCUACAGCUUGUAAUAUGCUGUGUUGCUACGCUGAUGAGCUGAAAGAAGGAUUCUUUCCAUGGAUUGAUCAGGUUGCCCCGACAAUGGUUCCACUUCUCAAAUUUUAUUUCCAUGAAGAAGUUAGGAAAGCAGCUGUUUCAGCCAUGCCGGAGCUACUGCGUUCCGCAAAAUUAGCUGUGGAGAAGGGGCUAGCUCAAGGUCGUAAUGAGUCCUAUAUUAAGCAAUUGUCUGACUAUAUCAUUCCAGCCCUGGUGGAAGCAUUACAUAAGGAACCUGAUACAGAGAUAUCCGCAAGUAUGUUGGAUGCUUUAAAUGAAUGCGUACAGAUCUCUGGACCACUUUUGGAUGAAAGCCAAGUCAGGUCCAUCGUGGACGAGAUAAAACAGGUUAUCACAGCUAGUUCAACUAGAAAAAGAGAGAGAUCAGAGAGAAGCAAAGCUGAAGAUUUUGAUGCUGAGGAGGGGGAAUUGAUUAAAGAGGAAAAUGAGCAAGAGGAAGAAGUUUUUGAUCAAGUUGGUGAAAUCUUGGGAACUUUGAUCAAAACAUUCAAAUCCGCUUUCUUGCCGUUCUUUGAUGAGCUGUCAUCAUAUCUAACACCUAUGUGGGGUAAGGAUAAGACACCUGAAGAGAGAAGGAUUGCGAUUUGCAUCUUUGAUGAUGUGGCGGAGCAGUGCCGUGAAACGGCGCUUAAGUACUAUGAUACAUUUCUUCCCUUCCUUUUGGAGGCUUGCAAUGAUGAGAAUCCUGAUGUCCGACAGGCAGCUGUAUAUGGCCUUGGUGUUUGUGCAGAGUUUGGUGGGCCUGUAUUUAAACAUCUUGUCGGAGAGGCUCUUUCAAGGUUAAAUGUUGUGAUACGGCAUCCCAAUGCCUUGGAACCUGAUAAUCUUAUGGCAUAUGAUAAUGCUGUUUCUGCACUUGGAAAAAUAUGCCAGUUUCAUCGUGACAGCGUAGAUUCAGCUCAGGUCAUUCCUGCAUGGUUAAACUGCUUGCCAAUAAAAGGUGAUUUGAUCGAGGCCAAAGUUGUUCAUGAGCAGCUUUGUUCAAUGGUGGAGAGGUCAGACAGGGAACUUUUGGGGCCCAACAAUCAAUAUCUCCCUAAAAUCGUUGCAGUAUUUGCUGAGGUUCUAUGCGCGGGUAAGGAUCUAGCAACAGAACAAACUGCAAGCCGAAUGAUUAAUCUGCUAAGGCAGCUUCAGCAGACCUUACCACCAGCUACAUUGGCCUCUACUUGGUCCUCCUUGCAGCCCCAGCAGCAGCUUGCAUUGCAGUCUAUCCUCUCACAAUAGCACCUUUGAUGAAAAGGCGGCGUCUUGCUGUGUUUUGAGACACUGCUUUGUCUGGUCCUCGUGUGUGAAAUAUAUUUAUCACCCAUUCUUUUCCAUAAGAUGGUUCCACCAUUCCUUUGGCAUGAUGCUUUACAGCAAGCCGGCAUCAGUUUGAGUGUGAAAGUCAACAGUACUGCAAUUGAAACGAACCGUUUUUGUAGAAUGUGUAUAGUACGAAGUGUUAUUUAUAGCGUGGUGGUUUUGAGUCCAUAAGAGAAGGGUAGGGAGCUAUGAUUUUUGAGAGAAUUUUUUUUUUUUUUUUUUUUUCUCCCCUUUUCCCCAUUUUCUUGAAGGUUGGUGCGUGAGAUUGAAGGGUUGCCAGGGAGGCAAUUCCUGUCGCAGUUUUGGCCCCAUUGUGUUUUUAAUUUCAUACACUCAGAAUAUUCUUCUGAAUUAUUAAUGGUGAUUCUUUUAUUA